CUAGUUAAGCAGAAGAUUUAGUAGAAAGUCAAAAAGAGAAAGAAAAAAAGAAAGCUUGUCGGGAAAUGAAAAUCAUGGUUUCUAAAGCAAAUGAAAAAACACACAAAGACGCAAGAAAGAUAUUUCAACCCAAAUCUGAAUAAAGGCUAACGUAAAACCGAACAGCUGUCACACCUGCAACAGAGAGAUGCUGCAGGCCAGAUUUCACGUUAGUGACACACCAAUGACAGGAAACUUUGUCUGUUGCAGUUGUGUGGUAUAUGAGGAGUCACUAACAAACAGAUUCUCUGCUUAGAAGACAACUCACUGUCUCACUGGGAGACAAGAAACCCAAGCUAAAAAAAGGGACCAAAUUCUGCUUCAAAACCAAGCGGUAUUAAGGAACAAAACAGGAUCUAUUUUCCAAUGGGGAAUUGAAACUAAAACAGUCUGCUUUGUCGUUUGGGUGUUAGAAUGUAGAGUUCCUAUAUCUUCAGGACUGACAAAUAUAAGAGACCAUGGGCUGUAGCAGUUCAGAGUACGAUGACGACUGGGUAGAGAACAUCGAUGAAUACUGCGAGCACUGUAACUGCCCUAUUAAACCAGAUGUCAAGCCGCAGUACUCAAUCAGCACGGAUAUAAGGGAUCCACUGGUGCUGUAUGAAAAAUACACUCCGCCCGGAUCUCCUCUUCCUGACAACCUGGUCGUAGCGACAUACAGCUACGAACCCACUCACAGUGAAGACCUGGGCUUCCAAAAAGGAGAAAAGCUGAAAAUCCUAAGCAAGGAUGGAGGGGAGUGGUUUAUGGCUCAGUCUUUGGCGACUGGGAAGACAGGCUUUGUUCCUCAUAACUUCGUUGCAAAGCUGGACACCAUGGAGACUGAACCGUGGUUCUUUAAAGAUAUCUCCCGAGUUGAUGCUGCACGGCAGCUUCUGGCUCCGGGAAACACUCAGGGCUCCUUCAUGAUCAGAGAGAGCGAAACCUCCAAAGGCUCCUACUCCCUGACCGUGAGAGACUUUGACCAAGAGCAAGGAGACAUCGUCAAGCACUACAAGAUUCGCAAUCUAGACAAUGGCGGGUACUACAUCACGCCAAGGAUAGGAUUCAACAACCUGACAGAACUCGUGCAGCAUUAUAUGCAAAACUGUGACGGGCUUUGCACGCGGCUGGUGAAGCACUGCCAGAACCGCGUGCCUCAGAAACCCUGGUGGCAGGACGAGUGGGAGAUCCCCAGAGAGACCCUGAAACUGGAGAGUAAACUGGGGGCCGGCCAGUUCGGAGAGGUCUGGAUGGGUUUGUACAACAACGACCGGAGGGUUGCCAUUAAGAGUCUGAAGGCUGGCACCAUGUCUCCUGCUGCCUUCCUGGCCGAGGCAAACCUGAUGAAGCAGCUGCAGCACCCCAAACUGGUGCGCCUGUACGCCGUGGUGACAGAGGAGCCCAUCUACAUCAUCACUGAGUUCAUGGAGAACGGCAGCCUUGUUGAUUUUCUCAAGACUACUCAAGGCUCGAAAUUGACCAUGAAUAUACUCAUAGACAUGGCAUCACAGGUUGCAGAGGGAAUGGAGUUCAUUGAAAAGAAAAACUACAUCCACCGUGACCUCAGGGCCGCCAACAUUCUCGUUUCGGAGGAAUUAAUCUGCAAGAUAGCUGACUUCGGAUUGGCUAGGAUCAUUGAAGACAACGAGUACACAGCAAGAGAAGGUGCUAAAUUCCCUAUUAAGUGGACCGCGCCAGAAGCCAUAAACUUCGGCACCUUUUCAAUAAAGUCGGACGUCUGGUCUUUUGGAAUACUCCUCACCGAGAUAGUUACAUACGGUCGGAUUCCCUAUCCAGGAAUGACGAACCCGGAGGUAAUUCAAAACCUAGAAACAGGCUACAGAAUGCCCCGUCCAGAAGCCUGCCCCACGGAACUGUAUGACAUCAUGAAUCUCAGCUGGCAAGAGAAACCGGAGGAUCGCCCGACCUUCGAGUAUCUCAGGAGCGUCCUGGAGGACUUCUUCACAGCCACCGAAGCUCAGUACCAGCAGCAACCUGCCUGAACAGAAACGCUCCUUCACAGAAAACUAUAGACUGCAGUUUCAGUGCCCUUUGUUUACUACUGUUGUGCUAUGAUUGAAAAGGACGAGUCGGAAUGGGCCGUGCAUCAUCCGAAUGGCUGUUUUCUUUCUGUUUUUUCAAGAGUUUUUUUUAUGAACUUCACAAAUCACUGAAAAUGAAUUGUGUUGUUUUUCCGCACUGCUUUAUUAUCAGUUUUAGUUUGUUUAUAACAUGCACCAGAAUCUUAUUUUAUAUAUAUCACUGUUAAUGUAUAUUUUUUGUUAGAGUCUAGUUUCAUUUUUCACACACACACACACACACAAAAAAAAACCCUGAUCAAUUUAUUUUUGAACAAGGGAAGCAGUAAGCAUGUGCAAAUAUUAGGUUAUUGCUAGCUGUGUACAUGUUUGUAUGUGUUUUAUUUUUUUAGAUAUUCAAAUAGUACCCAAAUUACAUUUUUCUAUCCAUCUGAAAAAAGGGGAACUGCUUUUAAUCACUGAACCUUUCAUGGAAAACACAAUAUAACACCCGAGCUUAUGUGUAAAAUGAUUGGAACGUUUUAUAAUUGCUAUCCUUGCUUUCUUUUUCUUUGAAUAAAAUGCCAUUCCUAGAUUAGUAAGCUGGUUGUGAUUAAAUACUUUGUUGGAUAUAC